GUCUUCCAAACUCUUCCCUACAACUAGCUCGCAAAAUUAAUGGACAUGCCAACCAUGCCCGCCGCCGGAGAUGCACCUCCGCCAGCCAAAGCCGUCGUGGAGGACAUCGACGGCUUCCUGCGCGUCCUCGACGACGGCACCGUUCUCCGGUCGUCGGAGGGACCCGAGUUCUGCCCGGCCACCUUCCCCGGCACCCACCCGUCAGUGCAAUGGAAGGAGGCCGUCUACGACAAGGCCAAGAACCUCCGCGUCCGCAUGUACAAGCCUUCGUCGUCUUCGUCGUCGUCGUCCACGGCGGCCGGGAAUAACGGGAAGAAGAAGCUGCCGGUGCUCGUCCACUUCCACGGCGGCGGCUUCUGUCUCGGGUCCUGCGCGUGGGCCAACGUGCACGCGUUCUGCCUCCGCCUCGCCGCCGACGCUGCCGCCGUCGUGCUCUCCGCGGGCUACCGCCUCGCGCCCGAGCACCGCCUCCCCGCGGCCUUCGACGACGGCGUCGCCUUCCUGCGCUGGCUCCGCGACCAGCAGUGCCCGGCCGCCGACGGCUGGCUCGCCGACGCCGCCGACUUCGGCCGCGUGUUCGUCACCGGCGACUCGGCCGGCGGCACCAUCGCGCACCACCUCGCCGUGCGCGCCGGCGCCGGCGAGCUCGACCUCGGCCUCGGCCCUGCCACCGUCAAAGUCCGAGGCUACGUCCUUCUGAUGCCGUUCUUCGGCGGCGCCCGGCGGACGCGGUCGGAGGCCGAGUGCCCCGGCGAGGAGCUGCUGAACCUGGACCUGUUCGACCGGCUCUGGCGGCUGUCGCUGCCGGCCGGGGCCACCAGGGACCAUCCGGCGGCGAACCCGUUCGGCCCGGACAGCCCCGACCUGGGCGCGGUGGACCUCCGGCCGGUCCUUGUGGUCGCCGGCGGCCUCGACAUGCUGCGCGACCGCGCCGCCGACUACGCGGAGAGGUUGGCGGCGAUGGGUAAGCCCGUGGAGCUCGUGGAGUUCGCCGGCCAGCCGCACGGGUUCUACACGCUCGACCCGGGGUCCGACGCCACCGGCGAGCUGAUCGCCGUCGUUAGCCGAUUCGUACGCAGCCGCCUGGCGAAUGCUUGAGCUUGAUCGAUUUGCCCGCUCGGUGCAUGCAUGUCAUGUGUCAUGUACUAAAGCUCGGGCAUCAACGUUCGUGCAUGUAUGCUGCACACCUGUGCUACAUGCAUGUAUCUGCGCUUCUCGCGUGAAACGUGUGCUCCAGGUCAGGUUCUGACCCUACCACGUGUCAGCCUGCGAGGAGCCCAGAUCGGUAGCUUAGUCAAAAUUGUGUCCACGUGUUUUGCCGCUUGUGUCCACGUGUCAGUCAUGCUUACUACUCAUGCCUGCUUGUCCAAUAUGUGUAUGGAGUGGUGUAGGUUUUAUACUACUCCAUUGAAGUGAAAGCAGGAGCUCCGUAUGAGUUACUCUCUCGGUUCUUUUUUA